AUGGCUUCAGUCUCCAUCGCUCCCCGGCCUCGCCCCGGCUCCUCUGCUCCCUCCCAUGUCUCCCUCUCCCUCCAGGCUCUCUCCCCUCUUUUCCACACCCCUCAGGAUCAAGCUGCUCACGUCCUCGGCAUCUCCCUCACCAGCUUGAAGUCUGCCUGCCGACGCCUGGGCAUCUCCCGCUGGCCGUACAAGCGAGGACAGAGGUCAACGAGGAGGGCAGACCGAGAGCACGAAGCUCAGCAGAGCGUAGCGGAUGCCGACGCCGAGUGGAUCAAGGCUUUUAUGUCUGCCAGCAGGUUUCAUGGCCUUCCAGUCUGUCCUGAGCAAUCGAAUAUUGACCAAGCUGAGGAUAUUCUCUAUCACGAGCACACUUGUGAGGCAUUGAUGGGUGACGUGAUAGAUCAACGAUUUAUGCAUGGACACAUAGCUUGCAGUCAAGAGGGCAUGGGCUGUCUUGAGCACAUGUGGAGUAGCGCGAACGGAAAUAUUGAGUCCUAUCCGUGCAAAGUUGAGGUUGCAGACGAAGCCGUGAUCAAAGAGGAGAACGUGCUCAUGACGCUCGAUGAGAAAGAAGACUCCGUCUUGUCCGAGGACGACAUCUGGCUGCGAUGGUUUCAACCUGUAGAGGAUGACGACAUUGCCAGAAGGAGUUUAGCGCUCGUGUGA